AUCAUUAAAAUAUGAACCUGGACCUCUUGGCAUACAUGUUGUCCCUGGACAUGAUUCUGAUGGAAGGAAUGCUGGACUAGUUAUUCAAGGAGUGGAACGAGGUAGUAGAAUCGACAGAGAUGGAAGGUUACAAGCUGGUGAUAGGAUUAUUAGGAUCAAUGGGCAGAAUCUCCUUCAUACCAGUUUUCAAGAAGCUCAAGAAAUCUUCAAGAAUGCUCUUAAAGACCAGGAGGUACGCAUUCAUUUCAGAACGGGAACGGAGCCAUCCUCAAAGAGCUUUCUUUUAUCACCAGAAAAUGUUUUUUCUCAAGAAAGAAGUGAAAAUUCUGAAGAGGAAGAAAUGGAAAGAGAUCACUCUUCAGCAUCUUCCAGUAAAGGACAGCCAGGCUCACUUGGUCAAAAAAACCUGCUUCUUCAGUCCAAUACUAGAAAAAUUGGAAGAAAACUUGAUCUAAAAUUAACAAAAGGUUCUGAUGGUUUAGGUUUUAGUAUUACUACUCGAGAUAAUCCUGCUCGUGGCCAUUGUCCUGUCUACAUCAAGAAUAUUUUACCUAAAGGAGCUGCAGUACAAGAUGGAAGACUGAAGGCAGGAGAUAGACUCUUGGAAGUAAAUGGAAUUGAAAUGACAGGUCUCUCCCAGGCUGAAGCAGCACAAAUUUUGAGGAAUAUCUCACCUGGUGGCACUGUGCAUCUUGUUUUGUCAAGACAAGAUGUUGAUCCUCCAGAAAAAUCGGGUGAUAGCGUUGGAAUAUACCCUUGGCUUCACAAAGAAGUGUUGACUUUUGAUAUUCCCGUAAAUGACACAGAAUCGGCAGGACUAGGAGUUAGUGUCAAAGGUCGCACAUCAGUGAAUCCCACUGGGCCAGUAGACUUAGGGAUCUUUGUGAAGUCUGUUAUUCACGGCGGAGCUGCUUUCAAGGAUGGUCGACUUAAACCAAAUGAUCAGCUGUUAAAUAUUAAUGGAACCUCCUUGCUCAACAUGACAAAUACAGAAGCUAUGAAGACACUAAGAAAGGCCGUGAUCCAAGAGGAAGGCCCAAGUGUCAUUCCACGUGCCAUCGCUGUGAAGAUUGCUCGUAGGGUGUCAACUCUCGGUGUAGUUGAUACAGCAGGUGAAAGUCAAGGCUCACCUAAAUCAAAUUGUCAAAAUGACUCCGUGAUUGGCUCUGACGUUAGAUAUAGAUUUCCAGAAGGAAAUAUUAUUCAGAACUCUUCCAUUCAAGUGGAAAACAAAGGUAGUGAAAGCUUGGGAAAAGAAAAAGGGGAAAAUCUGUUGAAAAAUCAUACUAAUGUCUGUAUUCCUAAACUUAGUUCAAAUUUUGAUGAAAAUAUGAAUGAAAAAGAAAAAAAUCAGGAUAAAAUUGUCGAUCCACUUACUCUAAGCAGAAAUCCUGUAAUUGACAGACUAACAGGACAGAAAUCUCAGAUCCAAACGAAUUGGACGAGUCUUCUCCAUGAUGAAUCUUAUUUGUGUCGUGGUCGUGAACGUUUAGGUGGUAAACUAGUUGGUAACACAUACAGUGAUUUAGUGCAAUCUCCGACAGUUAACAUGCCUUCUUGUAGCAGUGUAAUGAUUGAAGUAGAAUCCUCACAUGAAAACCAACUAACCAGUGUUAAAAAUCGACCGGGAACCCCCGAACACUUGUUGUCAGCACCUGGUACAAAACACAGAAGCAAGGACAAUCACGAUGAGAAAAACAAUUCCGCAGUCAGUAUCAUAACCAAUCACAUUCCUGCUGAUGAUGGAAACCCUUUUAAUCUCUCCCGAGAUGGCUUUGGUCGACAAAGUGUUUCAGAAAAACGUAAUGCUCAGUUGGAUGUUCAUAAUAUGGAUGCUUUUCAGAAAAACAAACAAACCAAGGAAGAAAGAGAGAAUCAAAAGCAUAUUCAGAAUGAUAAAAAGGACAAGGUAGAAAUGGAACAUCAGGCACAACAUCAACAAACAUAUGAAAACCACAAAUUACUCCACUAUCCAUGCUGUAGAGAUCAAGUUUCUGAAAGAAAGCUUGCAGAUGGUGAGAAGUGUAGCUGA